UAGUGCGCUGGGUGUAGCAGCGGAAGGAUACAGCGCGUUCUGUGUAUAUAUACAUAUAUCACCGGAUCUUUUCGUAUUAGACGCUAGAUUCACUCACGUGACGACAGGAAACAGACUUCAAUACCGUGCUCUUCCAUAAAAGAACAUUUGUUUCUUAAAGAUGCAGAUCUUUGUAAAGACGCUGACUGGCAAGACCAUCACCCUUGAGGUUGAGCCAAGUGACACCAUUGAGAAUGUCAAAGCCAAGAUCCAGGACAAAGAAGGUAUUCCACCUGACCAGCAGCGUCUGAUCUUUGCUGGUAAGCAAUUGGAAGAUGGACGCACCCUCUCUGACUACAACAUCCAGAAGGAGUCCACACUCCACCUGGUGCUCCGCCUCAGGGGAGGUAUGCAGAUCUUUGUGAAGACCCUGACUGGUAAAACCAUCACCUUGGAAGUGGAGCCAAGCGACACCAUUGAGAAUGUCAAAGCCAAGAUCCAGGACAAAGAAGGUAUUCCACCUGACCAGCAGCGUCUGAUCUUUGCUGGCAAGCAACUGGAAGAUGGCCGCACUCUCUCUGACUACAACAUCCAGAAGGAGUCCACACUCCACCUGGUGCUUCGCCUCAGGGGAGGUAUGCAGAUCUUUGUGAAGACACUGACUGGUAAGACCAUCACCUUGGAAGUGGAGCCAAGUGACACCAUUGAGAAUGUCAAAGCCAAGAUCCAGGACAAAGAAGGUAUUCCACCUGACCAGCAGCGUCUGAUCUUUGCUGGUAAGCAAUUGGAAGAUGGACGCACCCUCUCUGACUACAACAUCCAGAAGGAGUCCACACUCCACCUGGUGCUCCGCCUCAGGGGAGGUAUGCAGAUCUUUGUGAAGACCCUGACUGGUAAAACCAUCACCUUGGAAGUGGAGCCAAGCGACACCAUUGAGAAUGUUAAGGCCAAGAUCCAGGACAAAGAAGGUAUUCCACCUGACCAGCAGCGUCUGAUCUUUGCUGGUAAGCAAUUGGAAGAUGGACGCACCCUCUCUGACUACAACAUCCAGAAGGAGUCCACACUCCACCUGGUGCUCCGCCUCAGGGGAGGUAUGCAGAUCUUUGUGAAGACCCUGACUGGUAAGACCAUCACCUUGGAAGUGGAGCCAAGCGACACCAUUGAGAAUGUCAAGGCCAAGAUCCAGGACAAAGAAGGUAUUCCUCCUGACCAGCAGCGUCUGAUCUUUGCUGGCAAGCAGCUCGAAGAUGGCCGCACCCUCUCAGACUACAACAUCCAGAAGGAGUCCACCCUUCAUCUUGUCCUGCGUCUGAGAGGUGGUAUGCAGAUCUUUGUCAAGACCCUGACUGGCAAGACCAUCACCUUGGAGGUGGAGCCAAGCGACACCAUUGAGAACGUCAAGGCAAAGAUCCAGGACAAAGAAGGUAUUCCUCCUGACCAGCAGCGUCUGAUCUUUGCUGGCAAGCAGCUGGAAGAUGGUCGCACCCUCUCUGAUUACAACAUCCAGAAGGAGUCCACCCUCCAUCUUGUCCUGCGUCUUCGUGGGGGCAAUUAAUCUACCCGUAAUGGUUAAAGUCUUAAAUUGAUUAAGUAAAUUCCCUCCCCUUGUUCCUGUAAAGUUCAGUAUUCAAUAAAGUUCAAGCAUUCCUCGCA